CAGCUAUUUCCGGUUUAGCAACCAUGUGGGUUUGUGUAUGAGUUAUUAAGGGAAGCUUCCUAUCUCACAAAACAGUCACAGUCUGAUUGUGGAAGUUUUUUUAAACUUCUGGAGAAAGUACUCUAACGUCACCGCUGAUGAAAUGUAUUUUAAUUCUGCUGUGAAUGUGUUGAUUUUGGUUUUUGCAAACAGAACAACUAAUGUAUGAUGGCCAGCAAGAUAUUCACAGGAUACCGGGCACUAGGCUUCGUCAGCACACAUGUGCCCCUGGCAGUUCGUUACCAUAAUAAGCACAAAGAAAACUAUGUCGUUACGUCAGCUGGACGAGCAUUUCAGGUGUAUAAUUGUUCCAAACUUGGCAUUGUAAGUGUCAGUGACAUUCAUCCACAGGAGAUUGAUCUUAUAGCAGUGAGCAGCAUUCACAUAUUCACUGCAUGUGGCAAUACAAUACGAUCAUUUGAACGCGGCAGAAAGGUGGCACACCUGUAUGAAGGUCAUGAGAGUGAGGUCACUGUCCUGCUGCCCUUUGGUCGCCAUCUUUUGUCAACUGACAAACAUGGCACUCUUAUUGUUUGGGAUGUGCAUUCAGAAGGUAUAUACCUUCAGAUGGAGUUUGAUGUGAAGAUGUUCUACAUCACAGCAGCAGUUCACCCUAGCACAUACCUUAACAAGGUUCUCCUGGGCAGCCGGCAAGGGGAGUUGCAGCUAUGGAAUGUCAUGCACAGCAAACUGAUUUACACAUUUAAAGGCUGGGGACAAGCAGUUACUGUUCUUGUGCAGGCUCCAGCAGUAGAUGUUGUUGCAGUGGGUCUUGCUGAUGGUCGAGUGAUAUUGCACAACAUCAAGUUUGAUGAAACAAUUGUCACCUUCACCCAUGAUUGGGGUCCUGUUACUGCCGUGUCAUUUCGCACAGAUGGCCACCCAACCUUGGUUACAGGUAGUGCUAGUGGCCACCUGGCCUUCUGGAACCUGGAAUCACGAUCUCUGCUCAGCCAAACGCUGGAGGCCCAUCACUCGGGUAUUAGUGGCUUGAUCUGUCUGCCCAAUGAACCCAUCAUGGUCACUUCAGCAGCAGACAAUGCACUGAAGGUGUGGAUCUUUGACCUGCCAGAUGGAGGCGCACGCCUCUUGCGAAUGAGAGAAGGACACAGUGCUCCUCCCAUCUUUUUGCGACAUUAUGGGAACAAUGGGCAGGCAAUUCUCAGUGCAGGUCAAGACAGCACGAUGCGCAUGUUCUCUACAGUCCAUGACAAGUACAAUAAGAGCUUGGGACGUGCAUCUUUCAAUAAAUCUGAGACUAAACGAAGCGGUUUAAAGCUGGAUCAACACGCAAUGCCACCUGUGACUGCAUUUGCUGCUGAAGUAACUCGAGAGAGUGACUGGGAUAAUGUGGUAGCCUGUCAUCGUGGGUUGCGUAUACUUACUACUUGGAGCACGCAGCGGUCCACAAUGGGAAAAUACAAACUAGACUGCAAGCAGUUUCAUCAUACUACCAACCACGAGACAACAGCCACGGCAGUGGAGGUGACAUCUUGUGGAAACUUUGCUAUAGCUGGCUAUAGUACAGGCCACAUUGAUGUCUUCAACCUCCAGUCAGGCAAGCAUCGAGGUUCUUUUGGAAAAGACCCCGAAAAUGGGCGAGCUCACAAGUGCAGAGUGCAAGGCCUGGCUUGUGAUGCACUAAAUCAGCUCCUGGUGUCAGCUGGGGCAGAUGGUACACUUAAGUGGUGGAGAUUUCGUACUAGAUCCUUUCUUCAUAAGACUAAAAUGGCAGCCAGAAUUACCAAGAUUCUUAUGCACAGAGAAAGUUCAAUGCUGGCAGUUGCACUUGACGAUUUCUCCGUCUGCAUCGUAGACACAGACACCAGGAGGGUUGUCCGUUCCUUCAAGGGGCACACAAACAGCAUAACAGACAUGACAUUUAGUCCAGAUGCUCGCUGGCUAAUAACUGCUUCCAUGGACUCUACGGUCUGUACGUGGAAUCUGGUGACUGGCAGGCUGAUUGACUGUUUUGGAGUGGAGGCUGCUGUGACUUCACUGAGUAUGUCUGCAACGGGAGACUUUUUGGCAACUAGUCACGUGGAUGACCUUGGUGUAUACAUCUGGUCCAACAACACGCUGUAUUCCUUUGUUCCCUUGCCGCCUCUUCCUGAAGGAUUUGAACAUAAUACCAUUCAGAUGCCAGCUACAGCCUUUGUUCCUUCAGAUGCAGACACUGAUAGUAUUGAGGGAGUUGUGAAGUAUGAAAAAUCCGAGUUCAAAUCACCUGAUCAGAUCAGUGAUGAGCUGGUUACCUUGUCGCUGCUGCCAGCAUCCCGCUGGCGAAAUUUGUUAAAUCUUGAUGUCAUACUGAUGCGCAACAAGCCAAAAGUUCCACCGAAAGUACCGAAAUCUGCACCAUUUUUUUUGCCCACAGUCAGUGGACUGCAGCCCACAUUUGCCAUCCCUGAAAACAAAGAGGAGCAGGAAGCAUCACAUAUGUUGAGUAAACCAGAUCUUCGUGCACCAUCAGAGCUGGGCAAGAAGCUGGAGACGGCCAGUUGCCUACAAGAAUAUGAAUCUAUCCUGGAGCGAUUAAAGAGCUUAGGGGCUGUAGCCAUUGAUGCAGACAUUCGUAGCUUGGAUGGAGAGAAAGAACUGGGUGGAUUCCUCGACUUUAUGCUGCAUGUUGCCAGCACCAACCGUGACUUUGAGGCUGUGCAGUCUUACCUCGGGCUGUUCUUAAAAAUACAUGGCGAAGACCUUACAAGCCCAACACUUUCUCAGAAGAUGGCAGCAUUGAAAGACUCUCUAAACAAAACCUGGGAACGUAUUCAGUUGAGCAUCAACACCUCCUUGUGUCUUGUUAACUACCUUCGCUCGGCAACUCUCUAAAUUGUUGAUCAAAUAUAAAUGUUGAGUGAUGAACAGUAAAGUUUCACUGCCAAAAAUGGGUGGGUGUCAUUUAAGGGGACUGGCUGAACAGAUACUGGUGUGGGAAAGUGUAUUGAGUUGUGAAUCUUAAACAUGGUGUGAUUACAUUCUGGUAUAAAGAAAUGGUUGUUUCUUAAAUAAUGGUCUAAAGCAGGGGUCUCAAACUCAUAUUAGCAUGUGGGCCGCAGUGGAAAGUAACAGCCAGUCAGCGGGCCGCACCACGAAAAGAAA